UAUCGGGUUUUCCUCGUGAAAUGUUAGGCUGUUGAGUUGUUUCAAUGCGACGAUGAAGCACUAAAACAUCAUGGAUUGGUCGGAUUUCCAGCGUAAUCUUGGAUUUACUGCUCUUUUUGGAUUAUUAUGGUGGAUUAGUCUUGCGGAUUCGGAUAAAUAUAUGUACACAAGGCAACCAGACAAAUCCUUUCCAAGCUCGACCAUCCUCUUUGGGCGCAAUGUCACCUGUGGCGAACACAAACCUGGUCUAUUUCCAUCCAGAACGUGGUCAUGUACUGAUAUCAAAGUCGAUGGCCUCCGGCUGAGCUUCACCUACAUGCCUGGUCUUGGCGCCGCCAAGCGGGAAUGCGGGGAAACAAAGGGGCGUAAUGAUCUAGCAGCAUUAUGUAAUCACCUCCUGUUAGCUCAGGGGAUUGAAGAAACACUCUGGAGUGCAUUUGUCAGUCAAGCAAGUUGUCAUCUUAGUCAAGGCCAAAGAAUACUACUAAGAAACACGAGCAAAAUCCACGAGUGGAGGACAGAAGAGGAGGGUAAAGGUUAUAUCAAAUCGAUACAGUGCAUGGUGAUUAGCUGACAUACGGGUAACAAUGACACACAGACAUUCCUCAAUCCGCCGAACAUGGCCGAUAUUGUUUUUAACGAGACCGAGACCGAUUCGGCGGCACAUAUCACAAGCAUCAACAUUAGAGCUCAGAAGUUUGUGAAUGUUGCGCCUAGUUUUCGCGGGAGAAUAUUUUGCCUCGUCUAUUGUCUGACGAUAGUGAUAUUUCUGCUGUAGUCAUGUGAUCUCUGGUGUUCAACUUCGUCCGAAGAGGAGCUUUAUCUAUGUUACAUGUACAUGUAGGCCUACUGAUCCUAUUAAAGUUCGGGACGAGGUUGAACCUUUUGGUCCAGCAAGUAUCGAGCUGUCUGUGAGUAAUACCAGUUCAAUAAUUAUCCCAGUUCACAGCAAUUACCAAUUCUCAUUGGUGGCACCUGCGACCAGGAUAUUUGUGUCCCAUGCGAGAGUUAUCGCACAUUGAUGCAACAGAAAUCUCUGCUCCCUGCUGUGAUGUGUUAUUUUUCUGACAUAAAACACCCUCUAUAGUUUGUUUUAGAAUGAAACCCCUUAAAUAAAAUAUCCAGGUUAAUAUUAUUAUUGUUACUCAAUUGCCUGAUUAAAAAUCGAGAACAUUUUCGGUUCUGCUUUAUAUCAACUUGAAUUAUGUCGACAUACAUGUACAGUCUGUUUUGAGAGUGUAUUGCUGUGGUUUGGAGUUCGUAUUUUCAAAAUUUGAUUAUAAUCAAAGAUGAUAUAUAAAGGUCAGCACGUGGUGUAAAUACAGACACGUUUUUGUGUAAGAAAUUCUCUUCACCAUCACAGUAUCUAGUUAUCGUCAAGGUCACAUGAUAGUUACCAUGGCAACAGGUUGGUUACUUUGGUUUAAUGUUGCUUAUAAUAGUUGCUAUGGUAACACAAUACUGUUGAAUAGGGAUUGUUAGAAUGAUACUGUUCAGAAUGGUUAUCAUGGUAACGGUAAAAAAGUUUUAUCAGAUGGGUAAUAUAAAAAAUACUCUGGCGAUAUUGAAUUGGUUAAGUCUUAUGAGCUUAUGAUAACAGCAGCCUGUUGAAUUGUGUAGUAUUUAGCCUCGGUGACCGUCAGCGAUCAACGAGUAAGAUAAAAUAAAUACAAAAUACGAAAGAAAUUUCAUAAUGUGCCAAAAUAAUGAUGAAAAAGCGACAAUGGGACCUCUAAUGUUAGUAUUUAAGGGCUCUCCGAACAACAAUAGUUGUUACCUAGAUGGACUAUUUCGGAUCGGAAAGAAUAUGGUCUCAAGUCAAGUAUAAAUGUCUUAAAUCAAAAGAAUGCUGUCCGGUGUGGCUUUGAGAGUAGUGGUAGAAACUGGUCUACCGUACAGUUGCGUAUUACAAUGCCAAUACAGGCCACCAUUUUUGAUCCGCUACUCUCCGAUUCAUGGAGGAUAGAUCACACAGGUGCUUGAAGAUACCAAAAUCUUGGUGAUUGGUGAGCCCAUGCAGAACUAAUUGGCAUAGGCCUACACAACCUUAUUAUUCUACACAAAUUACCCUUUAAUGUCCAAUGUGUUAUAUAUUGUGUUUUCUGUACGUUUUGUGGUGAAUGGUCGAUCACUUAAAGGAUCUGCUGAUUUUGAUAUCAUCGCACGCCUGUGACACAUCUGGACCACAUGGUAUAAUGGAAGUCUGUGUUGGCAGAGAGAAUAUUCUUCGAUCUGCUUUAAAUUUCUGCUUGGAGAACUUUGCAUUAACCUUAAAUGCCCUUAAGCCGGGUGUUGUUUUCCUCACAAGGACAUUGGGAUUAUUAUGGUUAUUGAUUUAGGUGGGGACUUCGCUUUUAAACUCCUGUAAGGCACUGGGUUUUAUAUGGGCGGUUAUUUCCGCAUAAAUAGAGGUUGUCUCAAAUAGACAUUUUAUGUCGUGUUAUGACUCGAAUAGACGUUUGGUGGCGCUUUUCAAAUAGACAUACACUAAAAUAGACGUUUGGUGGCGCUCGUAUCUCAAAUAAACAUAUUGUCGUGUUUUCUGAUUUUUGUGUAUAACUCAAAUAGACGUUUGGUGGCGCUUUUCAAAUAGACAUACACUCAAAUAGACGUUUGGUGGCGCUUUAUUUGAGAUACGAGCGCCACCAAACGUCUAUUUGAGUGUAUGUCUAUUUGAGAUACGACACAAUAUGUUUAUUUCAGGUACGUCUCCGUUAAAACGAGCGCCACCAAACGUCUAUUCGAGUCAUAACACGACAUAAAAUGUUUAUUUGAGACAACCUCUAUUUAUGCGGAAAUAACCGCCCAUAGUUUUAUUUUUAUGCAAACAUGUUAAAAUUGUUACUCGUGGUUGAAGUAUUGUAUAGAUAUGUACAUAAUAAUAUAUCAGCGACAUAUCAAAAUGCUAUAAAUACCGUGUUGAAAUAAAGUGUUGAAUUAAAGGGACUAUAGUGCUUGGCACAAACACAGUUACCGUAAUGACUACUGCAUGUCGUAGAAACUAUAAUUUACAUAUUUAUCUGAAGUUUUAACCGGUGGUCACAAAAAUAUUUAUGGGUAGGUAACCAUGGUAACCAUGGUUUUAUUUUGUGGGAUUUUUAAAAUGUCAAAAGAAGAGACUUCGUCAUCUGUUGAAAUAAUCUUGGGCGGAGGUCAAGUCACACAAGGUCGUAGGGGGCCAACUCUUUUAAAAUGGCUCCUCAGAAUAUGGAUGACUAUACAGAUCAUUCGACCUAGUUAUUAAGCACGCGGAAGGCAAUCAUUGAAAAUUAACCCUUUUAGUACCGAAGACAAGUAAGGGGAAACACAUAUGGUUUGUCUCAAUUGGUGUUUGUUCUUGAAAAAACGGGGGAUUUAAAGAGGUUACUGGCGUCCGGACCACCACUCUUAUUCCAAGUUGAUACGGAGUCACUUUGAGUCUAUGACAUCGAAGACUCACGAGAACUGACUUGAAAUGAUCUUCCGGCGACAUUGCAUCAUCCUUGGCGGGUCCUUGGGUCAGACACUUUGCAACUGAAAUCACUGUCAAUGUCCUAGAAGAGCAGGGCUCCUGCCAACAGGGGUAUUCGCUAAGGAGUUUUUCCGUUGUACGUUCGGUUUAUAUAGACUCCCGAGCCCCGGGGGCGAGUUUUUUUUAAAGGUAGAUUCGUACCAUUGUGUACAAUAGACCAAAUUUCCGAAGAGAAAUUUAUUAUUAAAAUGAUUAAGUAAAUGAAAAAAAAGCAAUAAAAACAAAAAGUGCAUAAUUUUUUGGGUCCUUCCGAGAUUCGAACUCGCAACAUUUGUCUAUGUGCAUCGCUGAUCUUGUUUACUGACUAACAACACGUGCGUUUCUGACUUGAUGACGUCAGGCGAAGUUACUGAGCUCUGAUCAGCUGUCGAUGUACAUAAUGGUACGAACCUACCUGUCCCGGGGCAGUCCAUUGCGACAUCCUAAUUGGAUCUCCCUAGGUUGAGGGACGAGGUCAGUCCACUGCGUCCGGAGUGAAGUGCAGUACUAAAAGGGUUCAUUUUAAAAGGUUUUGAAAAUACUUAAUUCUAUUCAAGUUUCUGUCUCAAGUCUAUCAUUCUGUUAUGUGAACGGGUUCGGUCCAAGUGGAUAUUUCGUUGUAAAAUUGAUACUGUAUGGACGUAUUUAAAGGAAUCAUGUCAGGCACCAUUUGUAGAAACCUUUGGUUGGUUUAGCACAAAGAUUGUCCAGUGUUCAAACGGAUCCUUAUCAUACCUGCAGUGCCACCUUUUAGCUCCACCUGAAACCAUGUAUUUUUAUUUCAAAGUAUUCUAUCUGCUCUAUACUCUGUCCAUAUUUUCAAACCGCAUCAUUGUUUAUACGUUUUCUGAAGAAUAAAUUAUUGUUUGUAAGA